AUGGCGUACUGGACGCAACAAGUGAGACGACACCAACAUGAAGGAGUUCUUGAUCAUAACCCUCUUCCUCACCAUAUCCUCCUCCAUCCUCUCCUCCUCCGCCCCCGCCGCAGCAAUUGCGGCAGCCAAGCGCGAGGGGCCGUGUGCCCCAACGGCCUCUGUUGCAGCAAGUUUGGCUACUGCGGCACAACCUCAGCGUACUGCUGUGAGCGGUUGCAAAGCCAAUGCAACUGCGGCGGUGGCGGAGGGACUCGCACGCCUACCCCACCUAGCGGCGGGGGUGGAUCGAUAUCGUCCAUUAUAAGCUCGAGCUUAUUCAAUCAGAUGCUGCUACAUCGGGACGAUGCGGCUUGUCCUGCUCAUGGUUCAUACGAUGCCUUCAUUACCGCUGCUAACGCUUUCCCUGGGUUUGGUACCACCGGAGAUGAUGAUACUAGGAAGAGAGAGAUAGCUGCUUUUCUGGCUCAGACCUCUCAUGAGACCACUGGUGGGUGGGCGACUGCACCAGAUGGCCCGAACGCGUGGGGAUACUGUUUCAAAGAAGAGCAAGGCAAUCCCGGGAGCUACUGCGUACAGAGCACCCAAUGGCCCUGCGCGCCGAACCAGAAGUACUUCGGCCGAGGGCCUAUCCAAAUUUCAUACAACAUCAACUACGGUCCAGCUGGACAAGCAAUCGGGUCGGACCUCCUCCAAAACCCGGGCCUAGUAGCAACCGACCCGGUAAUCUCUUUCAAGACCGCAUUCUGGUUCUGGAUGACCCCUCAGCCCCCCAAGCCCUCCGCCCACGACGUCAUCAGGCCGGGCUUCGGCGUCAUCACCAACAUCAUCAACGGAGGAGUCGAGUGCGGGCACGGGCAGGAUAGUAGGGUUGCGGACCGGAUCGGGUUCUAUAACAGGUACUGUAGCAUGUUGGGUGUGAGCCCCGGAGGGAACUUGGACUGCUACAAUCAGAGGCCUUUUGGGAGCUAAUUUGAAAUAUAAAUAUGUUGUGCGGUGCUGAAUAAUAAGAAGUGCUGGUGAAGGUUGUAGUAUGGAAUAGAUUAAUAACGUGGACGUGACAAGGACUUGAAUAAAGCACUUGUUAAGUUGAAGCA